AUUGAUAUUAGAUCACAUUAGUAAUUAUUCAUGCAUAAUAAUUAUGCAAGAAUUAGAAAAGGUUUGGAUUCAACAUGAAAUCAAAAUGUACCCCAUUUGCUUUCCUAAUACUAGUCUUGUGCACUUUGCAAUCUGUAAUAAAACAAAAACAGAUUUUCAUUUUUUUAUGUUAACCAGUAACCAAACAGCUAUUUUACAAUUUUAACAAAUUGCAACUCCAGUAUGGAAUGCCCAUGUUUUUUUCUACAUGUUUUACUUUGAUAUCACAUUACUUAUAAGUCAUAUUACGGACCUAAAAUGAGUUGGGAACACCUUUCAUGUCAAGUUUACAUCGUUUUGACAUUUUUUCACGGCAUUUCAUGCCAAGUACCCAACUCUCAGCUUGCAGGGGAAGUCACAUUUAACCCUGACAAACAGCCAGAAAUGUUUUUCAAAGCUGUUUUUGAGGUGUUUAGGCUGGUCGCCAUCCUGAGGGUGCACAAGUUUGUCCAUCAACCCAGAAAUUUAUGAGCGUUUAAAUGUGUAGAUUAGAUCCAUAGCACAGCUCCGGCUGGUGAACACUUACCUAGGAACUGUAAAAAAGCUCUAUAACUUACCUGAACCUACCUCACCUUACCUGCACUGAUAAAACCCAGCGCCAGCCCCCAGUGUAGCGCACCGUUCCAUAUCCUCUUACAUGCCACAAAGAUUAGUCCAUCUGAGGAGAUGACUGCAGAAAAGGCAGAGUUUUUUGGUCACGGACAUAUCACCGUGCCGCUUGAGCAAACCCAAUGGUGCCGUUAUUCGCAAGGGCAGUCAAGCCUACACGCACCGCUCAAUAAACGCCCGCACCCGGCUCCCAUGAGAGCAACAGGCCACCCUGCAGGAGCAAUAUUUCACAUUUAUUCGCUGGUAGAUAGGAGCGACGAUGCCCUGUCACUGAAGGUGAGACAGAAUUAAUGUGGGAGACAGGUAGAUAGCCGCUGUAAUGAUGGAUUUGACUUUAUCUUUCCAGAGCGGAGAAUAAUGUUAAUGCCGUGACAUGUUAUUGCUGUACUCACGGCGGAGGCCAUGGUGAUUAUGCAAAAGACUUCAGCUGUGACACAGACAAGGCCACACAGACUGUAUAGAGGACAUUGAACAAGAUGAUGAUGAUGUGAAACAAAGGGCGUGAAGUGACAAGGCUGCAGACACCAGGCCAGUGUUUCGAUUGAACAGCACAACAGCGCCACGCCGUGGACACAUUCAUCCACAGUCACCAAGAGCUGUGCGACUGAAUUUUUUUAAUUUAAAAGUCCUAUAUCUGUUAAAGUGACGUCAAAGUGACGCUGGAUAAUACCUGGUGACGUUCAGCAUCUCAGGUUAGUCACAGUCAGAGAUGGUUGGACCCUUGGGUGCAGUCAAACCUUCGGUUGGAACGGCCAGACCAUUGGGGCGUCCGACUAACAUCAGCCUUGACCAAUACUGCACCUCCUACAGACAAUCUUAUGGUAAGGAGUUAUUCCAACCAUGUCUAGGCCAUCAUUUUGGGACAGGUUACUCUGCCAACCACCGUCCUGUUCUGUACUACAGCUCCAGCCUGGACCGCUAUGAUAAUCCUCAGUUUGGUCUCUCACUGUUAGAUAGUUUUGAGUCUCAAUCGAAGCGUCAUUACCAGCAUCUGGUUCUGCCUGACGGGACGGAGCCUUUGGCCUGCUCGGGGUCCAGAAGCAGAGAGAGCGGAUAUUUGCAGCUCCAAGCUCAGCCAAGACAUAGAGCAGCGUCCUGUCAGACUGAAUAUAAAGGCACUUACAUUCCUCACCGCCUCAGAGUUUUGGGCAAGUAGUGUGGUUUUAAAGUAAUGGUUCUUUGUAGAUUAAAAAGUUCUUGAUGUUGCAUUCUAGGUGUUUCAGAUCAGUGUGUUUGUGUUUUAGUUGGACCCAUAGAAGGUAGUGGAUACACUAAGGAAGCCAAUCUACAGCUGAACACCUUCCUCCCUCAAAAUAUUAACAUGGUGUGUGUGUGUGUGUGUGUGUGUGUGUGUGUGUGUGUGUGUGUGGUGUGUGUGUGUGUGUGUGUGUGUGUGUGUGUGUGUGUGUGUGGGUGUGUGUGUGUGUGUGUGUGUGUGUGUGGGUGUGUGUGUGUGUGUGUGUGUGUGUGUGGUGUGUGGGUGUGGGUCAGCCCAUCAUUUUAAUCUGUCGGCAAAGUCAUUGUCAAGAUGUUUUUUAACAGCAUUGAUUAAUGUUGUAUUCAUGAUGAGAAAUCCUUUUUCUGAUGUCAUGCUGACUCUCUGCUCUGAUUGGGUAAUGAUGGUUGUCAGGACGAUGCUCGCAGGAAACAGGAAAGUGUGAUGAGGACUGACUUCCUUCCGGGAUGUUUCCUACAGGUGGUCUUCUGUCUCUCUCGUUCUCUGCUAUUGCUCUGUCCAUCAACAUCUCAACACUUUUUUUUAUAGUGUGCGUCAGCCGGAUGAGGUCUGUAGACUUUUUAAUGUGUGUGUGUGUGUGUGUGUGUGUGUGUGUGUGUGUGUGUGUGUGUGUGUGUGUCAGGGCAGUGAAGCAUUACCAAAACUUGCCUCCCGUGCACUUCGAGAAACUGGAUUUACAAGAGAAACCCAGAGGCCUCCGAACAGUUCAGCCUCACUACAGGGUGGUGUUAGUCAGAACACCAGAACAACACCAG